ACCGACUCGACAGUUGUGUCGGGAUGCGUUGCAGAUUCUUUGUACGUGACGUUAAAAAUACCGGCCGGAUCGCUUCAAAGGUCACACUAGGGGCUGAGGCUCCACCCCUAGGUAGCCAAGCAGUCUCUGUUGGCCGAUGGGGAUGGCGUUGGGUCUUGAACAGCGACAGGUUGUGGUGCUUUCGAUCUCGUAUGUGUACCGGUUGGUUUCUCGCGACGUACAGAGACGAAUUAUAAGACGAAAGUCACCCGAAGGCAGUAAGACGUUGCACCAUGGGCCAUGCAGAGGCCGUGUAGCAAGCACACGGCACAACAGCCGAGCACCUCGAACAGGCCAGGCCGGUCUGUAGGUUCAUCCAGUGGGACACAAGCCCGCAACAGGUCAUCCAGGGGGCUGUUAGUGAUCCAUGUAGGUAGUUCAUGGUGCGAUAAUUCAGGGCUAGUGCAAGGAAGGCGGUUGGGAGUUGCGACGAUUCGGAGCACCGUUGGUGUUGUUGACUAGAAUAGUGUAGCUGACUGCUCCUCGGGGAAACACUGAGUGUAUUUUUGUAUGCUGCAGGUUGGUGUAAGUGGCCACCUGCGGUAAGCUGGCCGGCCGCUUGUGGCCGCUCCUGAGAUUUCUGUUUCCGAGCCUCGAGUUUCUUCGGCACGGCGGCAUUGUUAUUACAGUAGCCAGCGUUUGUUUCAGGAUUCUUGGCCUGGUCGUGUUCCUCGCAGGCCAGUGGUUGGGGUCGAUAUUGGUUCGAUACUGGCAGUGCAGGCAAAGCAGGCAGGCAGACUUGUCGUGAUGCUCCUUUUCAUCCUCCGUUGCACUAGCCGUGGUCAACGGCGUGGUCGACGGUAGGACUGAGACAAUGCAGCCACAGCUAGGUCGUCCAAUUGUGUUGCUGAAGUGGUGUUUGACAGCGGUGGAGGGCAGAGGGCAGGUGGCAGGCAUUGAAAGCGAGACAAAUUUAGGCAAGAUGGGAUCUAGCUGAAGACCGCGUCGAGGCCAGGAAGCAGGGGUCCCUCUUGUUCAAGGCCAGGGCUAUGGGCUCCUACCAGGCCGGCGGGGUCCCUAUCUACGCCCUGCCUGGGCAGGUAUCUAGCCCCUGGGAGAUCUGGGGGUAGGGGGGACCAGGCGACCAAGGCUCGUGGUUGUGGGGUAAAAGCCUGUGUCUAGAACUUGCUUCUUAUCUCGAGUUCAAGCCGCUGCAAUUCUCCUUCUUCUGUCGUCCUCGAGGCGUCGAGCUCUGUGGCAGUAUUGGUCCCAGCACAGAAUCUCAAUUGGGAAGCCAGCAGCAGCAUGCCUAUACGCGUCAAGUCGCGUAAGCCAGCCGGGGCUGAUGAGCCCCCACGCUCGCCCUCGCCAAUGGGCCAGCGGUUUGACUUCUGCAAGCUGCCUGAUAUCCAGGAUGAUGACUCUUUCAGGGACAUGAUCAAGAAGCUGUCAAUCUACUUCAAUGCCGUGGUUGUCCUCCCCGUCACCUUCGAACAAUUGCGCACGACCAGUGCAGGCCAGGGUCUGCGGACCUUGGUCGAGCAUUUGUCCAUGGAAUGCUCACAUCCUGCCAUCGUUAACGCCCUCUUGGCUUUAAAAUGGCAUUAUGGCGCUGCCACAGAGGACAAGGGCGUCAACGAGGCCCGGGCCAAUGCUGCUGAAAUCGUGGCAUGGCGGUUCCUGACCCACCUCUCGGAGAGGGAGGUGAUGAAGUGCUGCCUCUACGAGAUCCCAGACCCGGACGACACCAUCGGGGACUCGUCAGGGGCUCGCGAUGAGGAGAACGGCCGCCAGUCGCACGAGGCCGACGAGAGCACCGCACUGCUCGCCCAGAGCCUGGCUGGCACCGUCAACUCGGCCAAGCAGACCCUCGCCCACACCGGCAGCAAGAAGCGGUACCAGCUGCUGCAGUCCAUCUCGCGGCUGACCAUGUCCUCGGAUGACGACGACGAGGUCGAGGAGGAGGACCCCACCAAGCCCUUCGUAACCCUCAACGCCCUCGAGAUUGCUGCCGUUGCCGACGCCAAGCGCUUUCUCAGUCAGCAUGUCGUCCAGAAGAUCGUUACUGGCAUUUGGAAUGGCGAUAUCAUUUUCUGGGACAGACUGGCUGUCGACUCGGAGAAACGGCCGCGGUUCUAUAACAAGGCAACUGCCGAUCCGUUUUCUCGCCUCCGGGUUCCCAAGUACCUGAAGUCUUUUGAGGUCAUUUUCUUCAUGAUCUUCUUAUUUCUGUACUACUCCGUCCUGGUCGAGAGAAACCCAGAGAAGAUCAGCGUCAACGAAAUCUUGCUCUAUAUCUGGUUCUUGGCUUUUGCUUACGAUGAGCUGAGCGAGUAUGUCGACGCUGGGUCAAUCUUCUACGCCACCGAUAUAUGGAACCUAUUUGAUAUCACGAUGAUUUGCAUUGGCUUGAUCUUCUCCGUGUUGCGAAUUGUUGGUCUCUCAAAGCAUGACGAGGAUCUCAUCGGCUUGUCCUUUGACGUCCUGGCCCUCCUGGCCCUGUUUAUGGUGCCACGAGUCUGCUCAGUGCUAUCUCUCUCCCCGUACUGGGGCACCCUCAUCCCUUGUCUGAAAGAGAUGGGCAAGGAUUUCGUGAAGUUCAUGGUUCUUGUCUUUAUAGUCUAUCUCGGGUUCUUGACGACUUUUACUCUUGUCGCGCGAGAUACCUUCACACUUCCAGCAAUGACCAUGAAUUUGGCCAAGAUCUUCUACGGCUCAAGCUACAUCGGCUUCGACAUAAUGAACAAGAUCGACCCCUUCUUCGGCCCGCCCCUGAUGUUCAUCUUCGUAACCCUCUCUUCCAUCCUCCUCAUGGGCUCCCUGACGGGUAUGCUGUCCAACUCCUUCUCCCGCGUCAUGAGCCACGCCCGCGAGGAGUACCUCUACGUCUACUCGGUCUACGUCCUCGAGGCCUCCACCUCCAACCGCCUGACCCACUUCUACCCGCCCUUCAACCUGCUCGCCCUCGCCAUCUUCCGCCCCCUGCGGCUCUGCCUCCCCUCGGACAACAAGUUCCGCGCCGCCCGCAUCGUGCUGCUCAAGGCGACCCACCUCCCCAUCGUGGGCGCCAUCCUGCUCUACGAGCUCGUCAAGGGCAAGGUGAGCAGCGACGAGUUCAACGGCUUCAAGGGCCCCCGCGGGCUCGAGGGCCCCGGCCACCUGGGCAGCGGCGGGUCCGCCGCGCAGCGCAGGGCGUCCCGCGCCAAAGUGCGCCCGGCGUCGGCGUCCUCGGCGGCGUAUGCGCACCAGCGCCGCCCCGGGCAGCCGGGCGAGCUGCUGAGGCCCCUCUCCGCGCCGGCCAUUGGCGUCCCCGCCCCCGACCCUGACAUUGCAAACGACGACAUGGACGCGCCGACGGACAUGGACGUCAAGAUCGCGGAGCUGAGCUCCAAGAUCGACAGGCUGACCGAGAUCAUCCUGACCAUGCAGAAGGAGAGGAGCAGGGAUGUGAGCCAGCACACUGAGCCCGCGGCUUGACCUGACUUGGGCCGGGGGUGGGGGUGAGGGCUCCGUACGCCUUUGGGCGGUCUCGACCUAUUCUGUUGCACAUGUUCUCGGGAUCUUGGAAAUUGUCUGGUAGGAUAUGAUUGAUGGGUGCUUUAACGAGUGUGAUCCAUGGUUGCGUGUAUGCAUUUGCAUUUUGAGUUCUGGUAGUCUGCGUUUAGCAUGUCUCGAGAUUGGUAUUGCAUUAUGCAUCUGGUAGUUAGCAAAGUCAAACAUGUUCUGAUUUCCCUACGA